GACACGUACACCACUCCACUCACCUCCAUCCAGUGCUGGCAUGUUCACUGUGAGGAGUGCUGGUUGAGAACGCUGGGAGCAAAGAAGUUGUGUCCCCAGUGCAACACCAUCACCUCACCUGGAGACCUGAGGCGGGUCUACCUGUAAUCCAGUCGCUCACAUAAGGAGGAGAUUUCCUCAGUUUCAGCCAAUCAGAGGUGGGCCUGUGGGCAGCUGGUCUGURAUCCACUCCCACCUUCAUGUCGUCCCAGGUUCCUGGUUUGUCAGCACUCACUCCCAGCGUCCUCUAACCACUGGCAACUGAGGACCAGAAAACAUGACCUCUGACCUGGACAACACACACGUCUGCUAUCAAAGGAAAUACAGACUUAAAGCUCAGGCACUAAAAAAAAAUAAAACAAUUAAUAAGAAGAAAGAAAGAAAUGCUUCUGGGACCAUAUUUAUCAACAUUUAUAAAUUCUUUUGUCUGAUUUAUGGGGUGAAAUUGUUGAAUUCUGAACUGCAAAGCACAUGUACAAAGUUUUGUGUAUGUACAUAUAUGUAUGGAUUGAUGUGUGUAUAAGCUGUUGACUAGCACAACAACCUGCCUGUAUUUACUGUACAAACUCCGUCCCUGCUUAGGUCAUUUCUUACCCAUGUAGCUGUUUUAGGUUGAAAAUAUUUUUCAGUAAUCUCGUCGCAUUUUGUCUGUCACCGCUUUCUUUCUUUGUAUCUCUUUAAUAAAUCUACUUUUUAAUCAACGUUACUUCCAAUAAAACCCAUCUGAAGAGUUA